AUGCAGCGUUCGGUGCGGCAACAGUGGCGAUGCGAGCCUGCGGAUCUAUCCGCGAAUGAAUCUGGAAGCCCCUUGGAAGCCCCUUAUGGUCCAACAUCAUUCACCUAUCCUCCCUUCACCCCACCUGACAUCGACAUGACCGACGCAAAGAAAGGUGUUCUCGCCCAGGGCGCACAAAACUUCAAGGACCUCUUCCACUGGAAGGUCCGCUCCACCAUUGUCGACGAGAAUGGUGAGGAGCAGGUCGUUUGGGAGAAGCCUAGCCUCCCUCCCAACCCUCUGCGACUCAUCACCAUGCUCGGCUUCACCGGAUGGUGCGCCUAUCUCAUCGGCUUCAGCGCCUGGACGGCCGACGCCUUCGACUUCCACGCCCUCUCGAUCCAGACGACCAAGCUCGCGAAGCACUUUGGUGUCUCCAAGACCAAGGUCACUGAAGCAAUCACACUGACUUUGCUGCUGCGCUCGGUGGGUGCUGCAAUCUUUGGCAUGUUUUCCGACUACUUUGGCCGCAAAUAUCCCCUCGUCAUCAACAUGUGGUGCCUCGGUGCUCUCCAAGUCGCCUCGAUCUACUGCACAACCUUCAACCAGUUCCUCGCUGUUCGAGCCCUGUUCGGACUUUUUAUGGGUGGUGUCUAUGGAGCAGCCAGUUCGAUGGCCCUGGAAAACAUUCACGCCGAUGCUAGAGGUCUCAUGAGUGGUAUCUUCCAGCAGGGAUACUCGUUCGGCUAUGUCCUGGCCGCUUGCGUCAACCUCGGUGUCGGCGGAGCCACCAGCACCUGGCCCAUCAUGUUCUGGGUCGGAGCUGCCUUCAGUUUCCUCGUCGGCUUCCUGCGUCUCGCCUGGCCCGAGUCCAAGCAAUUCAUCGAGGCUCGCCAGUCGAGCAAGGGCUCCGGAACCAAGAACUUCAGGAAGUCGUUCGGUGCUAUGCUCAAGAAGGAGUGGAAGACCUGCGUGUUCGCCAUCAUCCUGAUGAGCUGGUUCAACUGGUUCAGCCACAGCUCCCAAGAUUCUUACACCACCUUCAUGCUGUCUGGAAAGAAGCUCAACAACACCGCCGCAUCGAGGGCCUCGAUCCUGAUGAAGACAGGAGCCUGCGUUGGUGGAACGAUCUGGGGUUACAUGUCACAGUGGAUCGGAAGGCGCAGGGCUAUGAUCAUCGCCUGCCUGAUCUGCUGCUGUCUCAUCCCUGCUUGGAUCCUGCCCUCCACCGAAUCUGGUCUUGAGGCCGGUGGAUUUAUGCUUCAGGCUAUGGUGCAAGGUGCUUGGGGUGUCGUACCCAUCUACCUCUCCGAGAUUUCACCUCCCGCAUUCCGAGCCAUCUUCGUGGGCCUAACCUACCAGCUUGGCAACGCUAUCUCUUCGCCGUCGACGCAGCUCAUCAACUACCUCUCCGAGAACAACUUCACCACCUUCAAGGGAAGACGAGUGGAGGCUUAUGGGCCCGUAAUGGGCAUUGCAACCGCCAUCAUCGCCAUCGGACUGGCCUUGACCGCUUCCGUUGGUCCGGAAAAGAAGGGCGCACGAUUCGAGAACGCCGCUGCUGCCACCGCAGAGGCUCAACCCGAGCUGCCCGUCUACCAGAAGGAGUUUGACACCAACUCUGAGACCAAGUCGAUCGAUUUGACUCAGACUCAGACGGCUCUUUCCAAGUGA